AUGGACACUGCGGAGGUGAUUCUGUCUGUGUUGGUGGUUGUGAUUAUCAUAGUGUCGCUGCUGUCCAACGUCCUGGUGCUGAUCUGCUUUCUGUACAACCCGGAGAUCCGCAAGCAGGUGCCCGGGUUGUUCAACCUCAACCUCACCUUCUGCAACUUGUUGCUGACCGUGUCCAACAUGCCGCUCACUUUGGUGGGACUCGUCAGCAAGGCUCAGCCGGGAGGGGACGGCUUCUGCCAGAUCGUGGGCUUCCUGGAGACCUUCCUGUCCACCAACUCGAUGCUGAGCAUGGCAGCGCUGAGCAUCGACAGGUGGAUCGCGGUGGUGUUCCCUCUGAGGUACCACUCCAAAAUGCGCCACAAAGACGCGGCGUUUGUGCUUGGGUACACGUGGGCGCACUCCAUGUCCUUCUCCACGGUGGCCACCUGCCUCUCCUGGGUGGGAUACCACCGGCUUUACGCGUCCUGCACCCUGUCCAACCCGAGGGCGAGCAGUCGGACCCAGUUUGUUAUCUUCACCGUGUUUUUCCACUCCCUCACCUUUCUCCUGUCUUUUAUAGUGCUGUGUGUUACAUACCUCAAAGUGCUUAAAGUGGCGAGGUUUCACUGUAAGAGGAUCGACGUUAUUACGAUGCAAACUUUGGUGCUGCUGGUGGAUAUACACCCCAGUGUUCGCCAGCGUUGCCUCGAGGAGCAGAAGAGGAGACGACAGAGAGCGACAAGGAAGAUCAGCACCUUCAUCGGCACCUUCAUGCUCUGCUUCGCUCCCUAUGUGAUCACAAGGAUUGUGGAGUUAUUUCCAGCGGUGCCUAUCAACCCCCACUGGGGAAUUGUCUCCAAGUGCUUAGCUUACAGCAAGGCGGCCUGCGACCCCUUUGUGUACUCCCUGCUCCGACACCAGUACAAGAAGACGUGCGCUGACAUCAUCAACAGGCUGCUGAAGCGUAGCUCUUUAAACGCAUCCGGGCGUGGGCACGAGAACCAAGUCCACAGCAUACCGACCGCAGAGUGACGUGCAGCGCACUGAUACGGUCUGAGGGUCGACCCCGGCAACUGUCAGGGAAAUAUGAGGCUGAUUUAUCGUCCACGAAGAACAGAACAAAUAUUGGUUGUUCCUGUCCACGUCUGCUUAAAUUUGGUCUGACACGCCAACAGAAAAAAAACCAAAAAACUACAGACAAGGGCA